GGCGCGAGCGGAGCGGACCGGAGCGCAGUGAUGCCGUCGAGCAGCGCGAGGAGCGCGUGCAGCCUGGCCGCGUGCAUGUGGAUUAUUACGGCGGCGCUGUGGGGCGCGAGCGCGGCGAGGCGCGAGGACGUGGCGGCGGCGGGCAGCGUGAACCGCGCGCGCUGCGCCUCGCGCUGCCUCAGCCUGCACAUCACCCGUAUCUCCGCGUUUUUUAAACAUUUCCAGGGUAACGGAUCUUUGGUAUGGUGUCAGAAUCACAAGCAGUGCUCUAAGUGUUUGGAACCCUGCAAAGCAUCAUGGGACCUGAAGGAGAACCAGUGUCAGGACCUGUGUGAGACUCUGUUUCCUAAGAAGCAUUACGAGUGUCUGACGAGUUGUGAGUUUUUGCGCAGUGUGGAAUCAGCGAAGCAGGGAGAUUGUCCAGCUCCAGAACGAGCCAGCGGAUUCGCCGCCGCCUGUGUUGAGAGCUGUGAGGAGGAUGCAGAAUGUCCCGCCCACAGGAAGUGCUGCUCCAAUGGUUGUGGACACACCUGCCAGGUUCCCAGGAACCUGUAUAAAGGAGCUCCUCUGAAGCCCAGAAAGGAGCUGGUGUUUGUGGAGCAGCCAGCAGGGCCGCUGGAGGUUCGCUGGUCCUCCAAGUUCAACAUCUCGGUGGAGCCGGUGGUGUAUGUGGUGCAGCGUCGCUGGAACCACGGCAUCCACCCCAGCGAGGACGACGCCACGCCAUGGCAGGACGUGGCACAGGUGGCAGAGGAACGGGUCCAGUUGGUGGACACCAGGCCCAGCAGGUGGUACCAGUUCCGCGUGGCGGCCGUAAACGUCCACGGCACCCGCGGCUUCACGGCCCCCAGCAAACAUUUCCGCUCGGCCAGAGACCCGUCUCCUCCCCCGUCCCCCUCUGGACUGAAAGUGAGCAACAUAUCUUCAGGGAAGGACGGGUUUCUGACGGCUCGGCUGGACUGGACUCUUCCUGAAGAGUCUGAUGUUCCUGUUCAUCAUUUUAAAGUGUUCUGGAGCUGGACGGUUCCUGGAAAAGCUCUGGUUCCGACCAAGAAGAAGAGGAGAAAGACCACCAGCGGGGCUAAAAGCUCGGUGGAUUUGGAGGGUCUGGUGGGGAACAGCUCGUAUACGGUAGAGCUGCAGGCCGUGGCGUACUGGGGUCAGGUUCGGCUAAAGAGCCCCAAAGCCUCGCUGCAGUUCAGCACAGCGCCGGAAAACAACCACUCGAAAAUCUCCACCAAGCUGAAGAAGGAGGAGUUUCCAGCGGGGAAGAGGCCGGCGAGCAUGCUGGAGGUCGGCACUCCGUUCUACCAGGAUGGACAACUGCAGGUCCGCGUUUACUGGAAGAAGAGAGGAGACUCCUCAGCAACCCGUCAUCAUGUCCAGUGGACGGCGGAACACUGCAGCCACAACGAGACGUCACAGCCGGAGAAAUCCGUCACACAGGAAAACUACAUCAACCUGCCUGGCCUGCUGUUCUCCUGUAAGUACAGAGUGAGCGUCUACACCCUGAAGAACAAACGCCGCUCUGAGGACGACAGCACCACCUUCAUCACCCCGUCCUGCUCCACCCUGCGCACCAAAACCCACAAACCAAUCACCUGCCCGGGAGAGGGAGGAGCUCCAAAGGUUUUGGCGAAGCCGGAGAACCUGACGGCGUCCUUCAGCACCCACGAGGGAAACGUCACCGGAAACUUCCACUGGAGAAUAUCCCACCCACAACCCCAACACACAAUCACAGGCUUUCAGGUGACGUGGGCGGAGGUUACCACGACCAGCCGACAGAACAGCCUCCCCAACAGCAUCAUCUCCCAAUCGCAAAUUUUACCUCCAGACCAUAAUUUCCUCGUGGUGUCCAGCCUCAGACCGGCCAGUUUGUACCGGCUGGAGGUGCAGGUCAUCACCACGGCGGGGGAGGGGCCGGCCACCAUGAAGACGUUUCAUACACCCGUCAUUUUCUCCACCCUGCAACACAAGCCUAAACUUCGUCAGCACCCACAGCAUCAGAGACCCUCAUCAGUAAAACACUGAGAGGCUGAAUAUCAACCUUCUGGACUCUGGGCUUCUCCUUCAGUCUCCUUCAGUCAAAAACGUUUCUGAGCUGCUUCUCUUUUCUUCUUGAUUUAGUUUGGAGCAGUGCAGGUUUGGAAUGUGUUCACUCUGGACUCCUCGUUUAUAAAAAUGCUUUCCUCCUCUCGAGCCACGUUAACGCGGCGAGGUCAAGGUUGAGAGUCCACGUUUCUCCUCUCUUGCUUUUUCUUUCCUCUCUCUGAAUAGAUGAAUGUAUCUUUGGAGCUGCGGAUUCUGGCGGCGUUUGGUUGGACGGGACGUACGUAUCAAGGCUGAGAAGUGCGAUUGGAAUUUAAAUUUUCUAUAUUUUUUCCAUGCGGGAACAGACUGUCACUUUGGCUUUUUUUUUUGUUUGCAGUACGACUCUGAUUCACCUCUAAAAUGAGUUAAAACAGCAUUAAAAGUGCAUGUCAAACCUUUUAUUGUUCGGUAGGCAUGAAAAUAAUCUGUGUUACCGCUUUGUGAAUAUGUUAGUAAUAUUCCAUUAACAGAUUAACAGAGACCUAUAUGAGACCUAUGAGUAAUAUUACUGUAUUGUUUAUUAUUAAUGACCAUAUAUAUGCUUUUUGUGUGAUAUUUUUGAACGAACUGAUGAAACUGUGUAUAUGUUCUUGGCUGUAGAGAUAUUUGUUGUGAAACAGUCAUUGAAUGCCAAUAUUUAUUUAUGUGUGUAUUUUCAAUUUUUUUGAUUUAUGUGUACUGAGUGUGUGAAUGUGUGUUUGUAUUUCGGAAUCCGACAGCUUCUUGUAAAGACAUUUUGUAAAAAAUGGAAUUGUAAAUAUAGUCCUAUGUUAUGUUAUUUUUCAGUGGUUAGACCCUGUACAUACUGUCCAGUAAUAAAAAAAAUAAUCUCCCGGUUCCUUAAACCCCGUGUCGGACUCUUCCUGUUUACUUCCUGUUUGCCUGUUUCAGUGGUUAGACCCUGUACAUACUGUCAAGUAAUAAAAUAAUCUCCCAGUUCCUUUAAACCCGUGUCGGACUCUUCCUGUUUACUUCCUGUUUACUUCCUGUUUACCUGCUUCAGUGGUUAGACCCUGUACAUACUGUCCAGUAAUAAAAAAAUAAUCUCCCGGUUCCUUAAA